UAAUUGUCGUUCGUGUCCGCCAAUUCAAAUUUCAGAAACACACCCCACUGCAUUUCGUCCUCAAAUUCAAACCCGACGAUCCACCCUUCGCUUUAUCGAUUAGCAAAUUCGUGCUUGGAAGUUCUUCGCUUUCGGAAUAUGGAGGCGCUUUACUCGAAGCUCUACAACAAAUACACCAAGCUCAAGAAGGAAAAAGAAUCCAAGUUGGAGCAGCUGAACCGUGACCAAGAAGUGAAAUUUGUGAACUAUGCAGCUGCUGCAGAUGAAAUGAUACUAUACUUGAAAAGUGAGAAUGACAGGCUACGUGAUCAAGUUGAUGAGUUAAAAAGUGAACUGGCUUUUAUCAGAUCUUCCAAGGACGAACAAGAAGUUCAGUACCAAAAGCUUUUGAUGGAAGAAAACCAGAAGAAUAAGGAGCUCUCAGAAGAAAUUGUGAAGCUAAAGAAGUUGGAACAAGAUGGUACCUGCGAUUCUAGACAUGAGAAAUUCGAAAGUAGACAGCCAAAUACAGAUACAGUUUCUCCAGAUGAAGGAGCAGGGUCUAGUCGGUCUGCCAUGAAAUCAAAGAAACGUAAACCAUUGCCUGCUAUAGAAUGUACAGCUGCGCCACAUAUUGACAUGGAAGGUGAUAAUGCAGCUGAUAAAUGUUCUGAUAGGAAUGAGGUUGGCGGUACUCUGAAUAUUCAGCAGCCGGUGUGCUGUCAAAGAAAGGUUGAUACUUCAGGUGGUGAUGCAACAGAAACUGUGAGCUGCAUGUUUCAAGUUCUCGUUGAGUUUGUAGUUGGCAUGAAAUUGUCCUUUGUAACUCAAAAAGAUGAACUAUGUAUAUCAGCACUUCAUCAAUCAAGUGGUUAUUCUUUUAGUCUGACAUGGACAAACAAUUCAUGUGGAGAAGGUGAAUUAGUGUACCAUUUAUCAUCCCUGGGCACAUUUGAGAGAGUUGCCCCGGAGUGGAUGAGGGAGACUAUGAUGUUCAGCACAAGCAUGUGCCCUGUUUUUUUCGAGAGGGUCUCCCGUGUCAUCAAAGGUUGAUGAUAAGACUGGUUUUUUAUCUCGAGACCAUGUUUCAUGUAUUAUUUUCUCCUUAAAAGUUUACAAUGGUGAUUGCAAUGUCUUAGUCGAAUCACCAUUUGUUGUAUAGAGCAAAGUUGGGUGUCUUUUUCGUGGUUGUGCAAAGUUAGACAUCAGCUUUAUGUUGUAAUGUUGUCUAGGAAACUCAUAACUGCUCUCCGUUGUCUUUAGACUAGCAUUGAAUGACUUCUCUUGGAAAUAAUAUUUAGCUGCUUUUGUCUCUA